AUGCCUCGGCUACUCUUUGCGUUGCUCGCUCUUCUUUCGAACAUUGGGCUCGCUAAAGCAGCUAGCCUUCGUGGGAGUGAUACAAAGACAGUCGUCAAGCGGAGCUCCUGUGAUGCGUUCUCUCCGGGUGUACCUUGCUCCUCCAAGUCAAUUUCCGUAGAUGUUGGGCAAGAAAAAGUCAACCGAGUGCCUGCAAGUUUUGAUCCUAACGCAACCGUGAAACCCCCAACAGAACCUCCAUCAACUACACCGAGACCUUCUCAGGCAGAACUUCUACAUUUACCGACAACAACAAUCGAGGGUACUUUGGUCCAAACAGAAAGUGAAACCCUUGAUCCAACUACCAGUAGUGCUCCUGUUGGUGUCACAGAACAGUCUGCACUCACAUUCAGUCCUAUGGUAGCGCUGCAAGAUGAAAAUGGUUCAUUGACAACCAUUGAAAGUACUCUGGCCCAAACAGAAAGUGCUACCGUGCAGCCAACAUCGGGAGUUUCUGAACCAGAUACAUCCGUGACAUUAAGCCCAACCAUCAUUCCAACUGAAGAGGGUCCAGAAUUGGAAAUGACAUCCACAAUCGAAACUGAAACUUUCCAGCCUACAUCAAGCAGCUCUGAAUCAGAACAAACUUUCAUUCCCACCGAGGAUGCCUCAGGAUUGGAACUAUUAGGCACAGUUGACGGUACACUCAUCCAAACAGAAAGUGCAGCUGUUCAGCCCACACCAAGCAGCUCAGAGUCAGCAGAACAAACCAUCAUCCCAACAGAUGAAGGCACAAGAUUGGAACCUACAGCAACGGUUGAGAGUACUUUGGUCCAAACAGAGGGUGAGACACUCGAUGAUACAUCCAGUUCUUCAGUACCAGAAACGUCCACAGCUUUGGAAUCCACCGUCAUCCCAACAGAAGACAGCUCAGCAUUGGAAGGCACCAUAAACCCCAGCGAUUUGGGCUUUGACGUUGUGGUCGUGGGAGGCGGUUGGUCUGGUUUGGGAGCACUGGACUCUUUGAUCAACAAUGAGGGCGUGGAUGAUGUCAUCUUGUUAGAAGCUCAUUCAGCAUUGGGAGGUAGGAGCCGAACCAUCUACGACUUUGUUCCCGGUGUAUCCACUGAACUGGGAAGUGCUUGGGUGUACCAGGACCGCUUCUUGCCAAACCAAUUCUCCAUUCCUCUGGGCAGCAUUGACUACAAUACUUGGGACUAUUUGGGUUUGUAUCAGAAUGGUUCGGAGAUUGUUGCUGAUAGUGAACGAAGGCAGCUACUAAAUGUGGAAUGGUUGGGAAGGUUCGCCGCCUAUAGUGAAAUCCAAGAAGACCUCAUUGAGGAAGGCUUCAUCCCUGACAAACCAUACAGCCAAAUUCUAAGUGAAUACUUUGUCCGCAUUUCAGAUGAUCGCACUCGUCGAUUCAUCAACUCCAUGGUUGACUCCCAAAUCCAAAUGAACUACGCGAGUCCCCUAGGUCAAGUCUCAGUUGGAUCGGUUGGAGGCAGUGCAAAUAGAGCCAUCUUCAGGGGAGCGGAACGGUUAGCAGGUGUGCCGUACUCGGGUAGCGAAGGAGGUGGCUUUGGAAGACUGAUUCGGGGUGUAGCCGAGCCGCAUCAAGGCAAGAUCCGGUUGAAUAGCCGUGUCACAAAGAUUGAGUAUGAUUUCAGCGACGGUGAAUACCCUGUUCGUGUCACGUACUUGGAGGAGAACGACAUCAACAGACGGGAGACGAUCUCAGCGAAGAAAGUUCUCGUAACAACGUCAUUGGGGGUACUGAAAGAAGGAACCAUUGAGUUUGUGCCCUCGCUGCCUUCCUGGAAACAAAACGCAAUCAACCAGAUGGGCUUCGGUGUUAUCAAUAAGUGCUUCUUGUUCUGGGAUGAAAGUAGCACGAACGUCGAGUCAUGGUGGCCGGAUAGAGAUGUGAUGAUACUGGUUCCAAAUGAGGGAAAACAGGGGCGACCGAUCGGUCUUUGGCUGACCUACUUCAACUUGCGAAAUUUGGCACCAGGCGGUGACGGCCCCUACAUCCUUUCCAGUUGGGCCGGUGGCGAAGCUGCGGAGUGGUCGGAAGCGAAUCAAUCUGAGCUUGAAGUCGUUGAGAACAUUCUAGGUAAUCUGCGACAAAUGUUCGGUAGCUCCGUCCCCGAACCUACUCGAUACUUUCUCCGGCGUUGGGGGCAAGAUGAUUUGUACAGAGGUGCUUACUCCUUUCCCACGGUGGGCAUUGACGCAGGUGAUGUUCGAGAUGAUUUGGAGCGCAGUGUGGAUGAUCGGUUGUUCUUUGCGGGCGAGGCCACAACUAGAUCGUACGGUACCACCUAUGGAGCCUACGAGAGUGGCAGGGGUGCUGCCGGUUCAAUUGCAAACAGUCUAAGGAUCUAA